AUGUCGGCCAGAAAUGGUGCUUCGGGCAUCAGCAAAGAGGAUCCCGAAGCAGACAAGAAGCUGCUAGGCAAGCGCAAAGAAGUUCUGGUAGGAAUAUUGAGGCGUUACCUGAACCAUCCGGACACCAAGCAUGAUCACAUCGACGCUUUAAGGGAUGCUCUCCUUCCCAAAAUUUCUUAUCUCAGCGACAUUGAUGCAAGACUUGAACUCGCCAAGUCUUGGUGCCGCAGUUCGCAUUCGGCCUAUUGCAAGUAUCAUAGAAGAGACUUUGAAGUUGUGGAUAAACUGGCGUGGGCAUCACUCAUGAUGGCGCCGAUGGAGGCCAUUCGCAAAUUCCACGAUGAAGAGUGUACGGACGAUGGAUAUCCUUCACAAUCAGAUAUGUGCUACCUCGGAGAGUCUGCUAUUUUUCUUUCCAGGAUGAUUGGAGAGCUGUUUCCCAAACGUGGUUAUCUUCCGGCUCACCAUUACGAGCCCAAGGAUGGCCUCAACGCGGUCGAAGUAAAGGACCAUCCGAGAGGCGAUAUCAAACAAGCUAUUUCGCUGGCUACCGUCUUCUCUUUGGCGAACAUGAUCUCCCUCAACCAGAUACUCUCGAAAUGUGUUGGCAGGCUCGAAUCUGUCCGAGGGUCCUACGCCAAAGUGGUGUGCAUCGACAUGGACCCCCGCAUGGUCUCUCGGGAGAGACUCACUCAGUCUGGAAAGUCUCUUCGCAUGGUCCACUUUGAAACACGUGAGUCCGUCGAGGACGGCUAUGAGUUCGACAUUACUGCGGCCAAGAAGGAAGAUCUCCCAGACUUUGGACUGCUCAAGGUUCGGUACAUCCUUUCCAUAGCUUUGUCACCGACGGGCGAGGGGCUAGCCGAGGACGAUCAGCACUGA